CCGGGCAGCUCCGCGCCUGCCACGGCUGCUGCCGCGACUCUGUCUCGCUCCCGGCCGCCCCGCCAUGGGCCUGGAGCUCUACCUGGACCUGCCGUCGCAGCCCUGCCGCGCCGUCUACAUCUUCGCCAAGAAGAACGGCACAUCUAACGGCAUCCCCUUCGAGCUGCGCACUGUGGAGCUGCUCAGGGGGCAGCAAGCCAGCAAGGAGUUCUUCCAGGUGAACAGCCUGCAGAGGGUGCCGGUCCCUAAGGAUGGCGACUUCCUCUUAACGGAAAGCACGGCCAUCCUGAUUUGCCUGAGCUGUAAGUACCAGACGGCAGACCACUGGUACCCACCUGACCUGCAGGCCCAUGCCCGCAUCCAUGAGUACCUGGGCUAGCACGCCGACUGCAUCCGAGACACCUUUGGCGUGCCCCUGUGGAUCUGGGUGCUGGCGCCACUCCUUGGGACACAGGUGCCUGAGGAGAAGAUGGACCGCAACAGGACCGCCAUGGCCUGGGCACUGCAACAGCUGGAGGACCAUUUCCUGGGGGAGAGGGCCUUCCUUGCCGGCCAGCAAGUGACACUGGCCGAUCUCAUGGCACUGGAGGAGCUGAUACUGCCCGUGGCUGCUGGCUGUGACGUGUUUGAGGGCCAGCAGCGACUGGCAGCAUGGCGUGCACGAGUGGAGGCUUUCCUGGGUGCCGAGCUGUGCCAGGAGGCCCAUGGCCCCAUCUUGACCAUCCUGGAACAAGAGGCCAAAACACUCCCUGUGCCCCCACCAGAGGCCUGUCCGGGCAUGCUGCGUCUUAUCGUCAGGAUCCCCUGAGAAGUCUGAGAUGGUGGCCUAGAGAUUAGCAAUAAAGAUUCAUUUUGUUC